AUGACCAACCCAGCUGUUAGCAUCGCUCUUCUCAUUCUUACUCUGUUUGCAAUCUUUGGCCUCGUUGCCUGGUUCAUGAAGGACAAGGUGCACACCUUUGUUCGGGCUCUCAGCGUUCACCAGACCAUCCCUCAUACCCCCGAGGCCCAAUUCUCGCCCACAAUGGCCUCCCGCACAGCUCUCCGGAGCUUCUCCCGCUCGUUGAACCCCUCAAGACGCCCUGCCGCUUUUGUCCGCCCCUUCUCUUCCUCCAAUGCCCUGCGCAACACCACUCCCACCUCCGAUCGCCCUACCCACUUUGGCUAUGAGACCGUCACCGAGGGCGAGAAGCAGCAGCGUGUCGCUGGUGUCUUUACCAGUGUCGCCGAGUCCUAUGAUAAGAUGAAUGACUUGAUGUCCCUAGGCAUUCAUCGCCUGUGGAAGGACUACUUUAUCUCUUCGCUCAACCCUGGUGCUACCAACCCUCCUGGCCAGCCCCAGCGCAUCCUCGACGUCGCCGGCGGUACCGGUGACAUUGCCUUCCGUCACCUACAGCACGCCCACGAGUUCAAUCGCAAUCCCAACGUGACAGUUACCAUCUCCGACAUCAACCCCGACAUGCUAGCCGUGGGUCGCCAGCGUUCCCUCGCCCUCCCCGCAUCCCACCAGUCCGCCCUUUCUUUCCUCGAGGCCAAUGCUGAGGUCCUCCCCGCUCAGCUCGAGGACAACUCUCUCGACCUCUAUACCGUUGCCUUUGGCAUCCGCAACUUCUCCAACAUCCCUGCUGCCCUGAAGGAGGCUCACCGAGUUCUCAAGCCUGGCGGUGUCUUUGCCUGCCUCGAGUUCUCCAAGGUCGACAAGUAUCCCCUGUUCAACGCCGUCUACAAGCAGUGGUCGUUCAGUGCCAUUCCCUUGAUCGGCCAGCUGGUCGCCGGAGACCGAGACAGCUACCAGUACCUAGUUGAGAGUAUCGAGAGGUUCCCUAGCCAAGUGGAAUUUAGGGACAUGAUCAAGGAUGCUGGCUUUGUUGUCGCUGGUGAGGGUUACGAGGACCUGACCGGCGGUAUCGCCGCCAUCCACAAGGGCAUGAAGCCCCUAUAA